AUGCUGUCCUCUGUACUGGCUUUAGGCCUAGCGGCCACUCUUGUCACUGCUGGGCCCUGUGAUAUCUAUGCCUCUGGCGAUACACCCUGCGUCGCCGCACACAGCACCACUCGCGCUCUAUACAGUGAUUACACCGGAUCUCUAUACCAAGUACAACGCAGCUCCGACAGCACCACCACCGACAUCGGCCCCGUGUCUGCCGGCGGAAUCGCAGACUCGGCGACGCAAGACUCCUUUUGUGACGGCACAGACUGCUAUAUCAGCAUCAUCUACGACCAAUCCGGCAAUGGCAACGACCUCACACAGGCCCCCGCCGGUGGGUUCGACGGUCCCGGGACCAACGGUGCUGAUAACCUGGCCAGCGCAACGGGGGCGCCAGUAACACUCAAUGGAGAAACAGUCUAUGGCGUCCUAGUUACGCCCGGAACUGGCUAUCGCAACGACGUCGCCACAGGCACCGCAACAGGCGACGCCGCAGAAGGCAUGUACGCCGUGCUAGACGGCACCAACUACAACGACCAAUGCUGUUUUGAUUACGGCAACGCCGAGACGAGCAACACCGACACUGGUUCGGGCCACAUGGAAGCCAUCUAUUUCGGAAACUGCACGGUCUGGGGCUCUGGUGCUGGCGACGGGCCGUGGAUCAUGGCCGAUCUCGAAAACGGGCUUUUCUCGGGCGAAAGCGCGGCCAAUAAUGCAGACGAUCCGAGCAUCACUGCGCGCUUUGUCACGGCUGUGAUUAAAGGUGAGCCGAAUCAGUGGGCGAUUCGUGGCGGUGAUGCGACGGCGGAUGGUGCGUUGUCGACGUACUAUAGCGGUGCGCGGCCCUCUGGGUAUAAUCCGAUGAUCAAGGAGGGUGCUAUCAUUCUGGGCAUUGGUGGUGACAACAGCAACGGUGCGCAGGGCACGUUCUAUGAGGGUGUCAUGACCUCGGGCUAUCCUUCGGACGAGACUGAGGACUCGGUGCAGGCAGAUAUUGUUGCUGCUGGAUAUGGGACGUCUUGA